CAAUGAUCAUCAUUACCCUUAAAUACUUUGCAGUGAAUUCUUUAAACUAACAGCCAAGACAUGGACGCGUGUCGCUUUGAUUUUAAGGUCACCGACAGUGAUUUCGACAUCCAUGGGGAGAAGGCGGGCCAAUGUGAGGACGACAAACGGGAUUGGGAGGAGGACGACGAGGAGGAGGAGGAAGGCGACGAUGAAGAGGCAGAUGGCGAAGAAGAGGAAUUUGAGGAAGAAGGAUCGGACGGCUACAAUCUUCCCCAGCAACCUUUGGAAUCUGGAGACAACUGGUACAACGAGCUCAAUCCCCUCUACCGCCCCCCACUCGUCACCCCUCAAGAACAAUACUACGAGGGGCUCGGAGGUGGACAAUCUAAACAGUUUCGUACCGAUUACCCUGCCGAACUUCGGCUCAAGAAGGUGUGCAUCCCCAAAGCACCACGACGAUUCAAAACUGUCGACAACUACAAGACGGAUCCAGUCGCUUCAUUUUCUCCGGUGAGCUCCAAAAUCCGUCUCGCACCAAAAAAGAGGGAGCCCAGUUUCCCCUCACAACCUGUGGAUCCGACGCCUACGCCUAACACGGAUAUGAGCAUGGCAGAGCCACCACCACCACCGUGUCAAAAGACGGCCCGCGACCCUCCCCCCAUUGUGUCAGUGAGUGACGAAAUCGUCGUGAGCUACCUACAGGACCACAACAUUCAAAUGAUGUUUGAAUACUUUUUGGGGCUUUGCAUCUUGAACACGCCAGCAGAUCCGUUUCAGUAUAUUGCCGACUUGGCAGACAAGUUGGCCAGGGGGCGAGAGAGUGAGGCUGCCUUCAAUGAGAUCCCUCGCCUAUUAUCAGCUACCCAUGUCAAGUCCAUGUUUCGCCUCUAUGACCGAGUGGGGUCUGGUUUCAUGAGCCACUUCCAGUACAAAAAUGCCAUGGGGUCGAUUGGGCUGGUAAAAUAUACUCAAAAUCCGAGCGGCUACUUGAACGACGAAAUUACUCAAGAGACAUUUGUAACCGAGGCGGAGAAAUGGAUUGAUGAUCUCCUUCGAACUUUCCUAUUCAAGAGAGGCGAAGAUGAACCCCAGUGCUUCUAAACGUAACUGUAUAUAC